CAAUCUUCAUCUUAUUGUUCUCCUCAAUCUUAAAAGAUGCCCUAUCUAUAUAGGUGACGUGAACCUUUAUCAAUUUCUGAAGAAGUAUUACCAGUAAACUCUCUCCCAAAAUCAUUCCAGUACAAUGCAUCAAUCUACUUCAAAUUUGUUCCUGCCUUGAACAACAUGUUAAAAAAAUCCAUCUUCCUUGUCUUGAUUCCAAUAUUUUCUUCGAAUGUUGGUAUCGUAAUAGGUGGACCGCAAGUUGAUUGGUUGAAAUUGAUAGCUGAUAAUGUGAGGAAGAGUGAUCCCGGAAUGGUUCCGGAACCAUUGAAAGAAACCUCUCCACAGGCAUAUCAAGAUAUAGAUGAAGCUCCUAAGGUUGUUGGAACACUUCUAAAAGAACCAGGACUGCUCAGCAGACUGAAAUCAAAUGCAAUGGAACUCCUCGCAAAUGACAAGGGAAACACUGAUGGAGAAGAAGUUCAUCAAGAUUUCUUCAAUAAACCUAUAGCAUUGUUCGACAAGAUCAAGUUCACGGUGGCUGAGGAGCCAUUGAAGGAUGAAGAAAAUCAUGAGGCUACUCCGAACCAGGAUGGAAACAGCACAUCACUCUUAGAAGAGUUAGCAAGUAGCACAGGAAAAAUCACAGACAUAGACAAAGAUAGUGUCAGAAAAAUUACAGAAAACAAUGAAAAUUUGUCAAUUUUGGAGAAAUUGGAAUCUUCUUCAGCUGAAGAUCAUCUUGACCGGAUAGGAAAUCAUGGAAAGCUUGUGGAACUUUCAACGAACUUGACUGCACCAGCAUCAAAUUUGGAAAAUAUUAAAUUGGAAGGUAUUGAAAAAUUGACAGAAGAUAUUGCUGAAGAUCAUCAUGCGGGAUUGGGGAAUGCUGGGAAGGUGUUAGAUUCUUCAUCAAUUUUGAAAAUCCCACUAUCAAUCUUGAGGAAUCUCAAAUCUGAAAGUUUUGAAGGUUUUGCAAAAGAUAAGGACUUGAAAAAUGGUGACAAAUCUUCUCAUAUCAACAAUAGUUUGACGUUAUUUGACGGUAUGAAACCUCUCUCCAAUGAAACUCUAGAGAACGUCUUUAAAGCUCAGGAAAUUGAGAACAUCACUUCAAUAGUCGGAGAUAAGUCGUCGAUAGUUCAUAAUAGUUUAGAAUCAUCUGCAAAACAGUUAGGUCUCUCAGGUGAUAAAGUAGAUGUUGAGAACAGUACAGACUUUGGAAAACAUUCAAGGUUAUUGGGGAAUUUGAAAGAUAGUACUGAUAAAGCUGUGGGAGGAACUGAUGGUUUGGGAAGCUCUUUCAGAAUCUUUAAAGAUUCUUCUGGUUUGAAUUUUGGAAAGCCUGGACCAGGAUUGAAAGAUAAGGGAGAAGAGGAGAAUGGAAAGAAUGAAAAUGAAACAAAAGAAGAGAAGCCGAAAGAGAACAUCAAUGAAUCUCAAAAUGCCAAAAAAAUUCCAACAAACUGGGAUAUCAAUGUCAAUAUAUUCGACAAACUUAAAUCAAAAGAAGCUGAUGAGGAAGUCAGACAAGACAGUUAUGAAGAUGAUGAGAAGAAUUUUCCAAAAUUAGAAGAAUCUUCAAAUGAGAAAAACAUUUUUUCACUUCAGGACUUGCGAGUAUUUUCAGCGUCUGAUAUUGAUUUUAAGAUAGGUAGUAAAAUGAAUGAACAAAAAGAUGAU